AUGAUGUUCUUGAGAACGAUAGGUGUAGCUUACGCGGCUGCAGAUUUGGUUGUCUCAAGAUCCGGUGCUAUGACUUGCUCAGAGAUCAUGGCUUUAGGCAAACCUUCUAUUCUGAUACCAUCGCCACAUAGCGAUGAAGGGGAUCAAGUAAGGACUGCUUCUUUGAUGGCGGACAUUGUUGGCUCGAAGGUUAUAACAGAGGAGGAGCUAGACUCGAUCACUCUUCGAGCUGCAAUGGAAGAUGUUCUAGGUAACUGA